GAAUGGUUAGCUAACGUUAGUUUUGUUUCCAGGAAGGAAACCACGUAGAGGUAGAGCAGGUUUUCCAUUUUCCAGCAACACUGGAGACACGAAGAAGAUGACACGGAUACAACAGGAAAUUAGACGUCUGGAAUUAAACACACACCCACGAAACAAAGAAGAACAAUUUCCUAAGGUUUGUUUCUCUUGCUGGAAUUGUUGCAGAUAUAUUUUUUUUUUUCCUUUUCUUUUUCUCUUAUCUUUCUCUGUAUGGAUUGGAUGGUGAUGUAUGCUAUCUGGGUGAAUAUGGGUAGUCUGCAUAUGGUUUCCCCUACAGCUUUUAAUUCAUUCAAGGUUGGUGGACGAAAGAUACAAAAAAAGCCUCCACCUGAUGUUACUCAUUCUGUAAAGCCAUUUAACGCUAGAAGCUUUACUGGAUCUAAUGUGAGACAUCAAUUUCACAACAGGGCCAUGGUAAAUAAAGCAUCAAAAUUGAGCAAAUUCUCUGUCAAUUCUUCUUGUCAGAGUUUCAUCACUUUCAAUGAUUCCUCUACUUUUAUACCAAAAAGAUCUAAUGGUAGUAAUUCAUCUAGUGUGUUGGUUGAUCCUUCCAAAGAAGAUAAGGCUGUAAAGAGAAAUUCAAGAAAGAAGGCCAGAAUGAAAGGAAAACAGAAUAGGAAACAUUUAUGUGAUGCUAGUUCCAACAUACCAGAAGUUUCUUGUGAUUAUGCACUUGGAAGUUCAACCUCUGAAAUCUAUGGUGACAAUGAUGCAAGUCAUAGGGAUGGAGUGAUGUCAUCUGCAAUUUCACUUAAAGUUUCAUCCCCUGAAUAUAUAUUUGACAUAACUGAUUUUCAAGACAAAAAAAAUGGUGUUUAUAGUUAUGAAGACCCUAAUGUGUUCACAUCAAACUCAGAUGAAGUGGUCAUAUCAGAGGUUGUGGUCCCUUGCAGACUAGACACUUUUCUUGUGGGGCGCCCCUUAAUUAAUUCUGAAAUUGGCAUGGAAAGACAAGAUCAGACUUUUCCCAUGUUUCAUGAAGGUGUUGAGAAGGCACAUCCUUUACAGGCUGGCUUCCAUGUUGAUUCUGGAGUGCAAAAUUCAGUUUCUUCUGUUUCAAACAAUGAUGAAAGCACUUUUGUUGGUCAUAACGUCAGAUUGUUCGAUGACAACAGCCAUGAAGUUGGUAAAUCAGACUUGAAAAUUUUCAAUAUCAAAAAGGGACAUUCCUCUCAAAGGAAAUUAUUAGGUAGUGUUGUAGAUACCUAUGAUUACACUGACCACAUAAAGAAUGGUGGUCAGGGGUUAAGUAGUGUAGAUGUUCAGGUGGUUACUCCGUGCAAGAAGGGGAAGGAGAACAAUCAUUCUAUAUGGAAAAAGGUUCAAAGGAAUGGUGUGGAUGAAUGCAAUGCUAAGUUGAAGAAAACAAGUCCGGUUUGCUCACAGUUAGAUGUUCAAUUCAAAAGGGCUUCUUUGCUGAAAAGAAAUUGCAAUGCUGCAGAAGGAACUUCAUUAUCAAGAUCUGAUGAUAAAAAACAGUUGAAAGAUAAGACUCCUCGGAAGCUGAAAAGAAAAGUUAGUCGAGUUUUGAAACAAAAGAACAUUUGUUUUUCCAGGAAGGGUCCCCACUUAAAUAAGGUGAACUCAGUUGCAUCAUCUAGUGUGCCAAUUAAUUCAUUGACUGUACCAACUUCUCUAAAUUGCCAAAAAAGAGUGAACAAUAUUUCAAAGUCAUGCUCUCAGAUUGGUUCUAUGGGGGUUGAGGUCAUGGCCAGCAAAGAUGAAUGCAUGAAUUUUGAAACAGUUAACCAAUCAAAAGUCUGUUCUGACAAUUUGGAGUUAGCUGGAAGAGUCUGCAAUAUUGUAUCUGGUACAAAUGGUCAGAGCGUAGGAAAUCAAGGUAGCUCACAAACAAAAUCAUGUGUCUCUUUGGACCCACAAAACAUGCUUCAGGUUCCUUCUCUGGUUUAUUUCCCUCAUCUUUUAUUUAAGGAUGUUGUUCCAAUGGAAAAAGAAAUUUCUCUUGCAGAAAAUAGUAAGCAAAAUCCUAGUUCUGGUUCCAUUCUGCAGAAAUGGAUACCUAUUAGGGUCAAGGAACUUUCUAAUAGGCUAGACACUGAGGAUUGUACCUCAAGAAAUACUGCUGAUCACGAAGUAGCUUUGACUUCUAAAGAACUUGUUUCUUCAUUGAAUGCUAGAAUGAUGUGCGUUGAGAAAGGUUCAUCAAAUGUAUGUAGUUCUUAUGAAGAUGAAGAUCAUGGAAAUCCUGGUGCAUGCUCAAUAAAAUACAACAAUGAUAAGCAAGUUGGGGUUAGUUUCUUGACAAGCUGUUCUACUGAUAAAACUUUUUUGGCACAUGAAACUGAUUUGAAUGAGAUAGCAAGAGCAGUGAAUGAUGCCUGUAGGGCACAAAUGGCCUCUGAAGCUGUUCAGAUGGCCACUGGUGGUCCCAUUGCUGAGUUCGAGAGGCUUCUUCAUUUUUGUUCUCCAGUUGUUUCUCAUUCACUUUAUUCAGCAAGCUGUCAAAAUUGCUUACAAGACCAAGUUUCUAAUGCUUUAUUGUGUAGACAUGAGACACCUAAUGUUCUAUUGGGAUGCUUGUGGCAGUGGUAUGAGAAACAUGGCAGUUAUGGAUUAGAAAUAAGGGUGGAGGAUUUCACAAAUAUGAAACGAUUGGGUGUUGACCGUUUUGCAUUUCGUGCCUACUUUGUACCUUUCUUGUCUGCUGUUCAGCUCUUUAGGAAUUGUGAAAGUCAUUCUAUGAACAAUGACAAUCUGGUUUCUUCGCCUUGGGUUUCUGAGUCUUGUGAGACUAGUUCUAUGUUAGGAAACUCUUCUAAUAUGAAAGAGCUCCUGAUUUUUUCAGAACUUUUUCCAAAGCCACACACUUCAGACACAAGUGCUCUCCCUUUUUUUCAUCGACUGGAUAAUGUGGAUAAAUCAGAACAAUCCUCUGUCUCUGCAAAUGAUGAGUUAUCUGUUGAAGCAGUUGACAUGACAUGUUCUAAUAAGCUAGAGCUACUUUUUGAGUAUUUUGAAUCUGAACAGCCUCAACAAAGACGACCAUUAUAUGAUAAGAUACAAGAGCUGGUUGGUGGCAUCGUGCCUUCACAGAGCAAAAUGCAUGGAGAUCCUGUUAAUCUAAACUCUAUGUAUCUGCAUGAUUUGCAUCCUAGAUCCUGGUACUCUGUCGCAUGGUAUCCAAUUUACAGGAUACCAGAUGGAAAUCUUCGUGCAGCAUUUUUGACUUAUCAUUCACUUGGCCAUCUGGUUCGUAGGAGUGUCAAAUAUGAUUACACUAGCUCGAAUUCUUGUAUAGUAUCUCCUGUUGUGGGUCUUCGGAGUUAUAAUGCCCAGGGUGAAUGCUGGUUCCAACCGAGAAACUCUAAACUCAACCAAACUCUAGAAAGCCAGGGUUUAAACCCUUCCGAAAUCUUGAAGGAGCGGUUGAGGACAUUAGAGGAUACUGCAUCUGUAAUGGCUAGAGCUAUUGUUAGUAAGGGAAAUCAAACAACUGUUAAUAGACAUCCUGAUUAUGAGUUCUUCCUCUCUAGGAGACGCUAGUAUACUUUAGUGUGUGUGCAUGGGUUUGUAAUAAUCAGAUAAGAGCUAAUAUACUUUAGUGUGUGCAUUGCUUGUGGUACAUUCAACUGCUUAUCUAUAAAUCCAUUCCAAUAUC